CUUAGUUACCUCAAACAACUUAAUCGGGGAGAUACCAGCAAAUCUAGCCAAACUGAGCACAUUGAGAGACUUGUAAGUUUCUUGUUGAUACAGGUUCACUAAAUUUCUUUUUUGGGACCAUAGCUAAUCGCGCCGUUUUAAUGCAGUCGCAUUAGUGAUAACAACUUCAGUGGAAGCAUACCAAAUUUUAUCCAGAACUGGACAAAUAUCGAAAAAUUGUAAGGGUUUAUCGACAUUUGAUGUUAUAGUAAAUCCUCAAUAUUUUGUUUACUGUUUAGUGUUUGAUAACGGGCUUCUCAUUUAAACUGAAAUCGAUAUUUGGUAAUGUCAGGGUGAUUCAGGCGAGUGGUCUGACUGGGCCAAUCCCUUCUGGUAUUGCUUCCUUAACCAAAUUGACCGACUUGUGAGUAUAGAUUGUGAUUUGUCAUGUAUAAGCUCGUUGAAAUGACUAUGCAUAUUUUUCUUUGAAAACGAGAAGAAAGAAUCUGAUUCUUUACACCUACUCUUAAAUGUGCAGGAGAAUUAGUGACUUGAGCGGAAACGUAUCAACUUUUCCAAAUCUUAGUAACAACAAAAACCUGAAGACACUGAUAUUGAGGAGCUGCAACAUCAUUGGGGAGUUGCCAAGUUAUCUUGGAGGAAUGACAUCAUUGAAAGUCUUAGACCUGAGUUUCAACAAAUUAAGUAGACCAAUUCCUGACAGCUUUAUUGGUCUAUCAAAUACGGAUAACAUCUAUCUUACUGGGAAUUCCCUAACUGGGCUGCUGCCAGCUUGGAUGCUGAAAGAUGGCGAUAAAAUUGACCUAUCUUACAACAACUUCACAUCUGAAAAUUUGGCCUCAAAUUGUCAGCCACGCAACUUGAACUUGUUUGCAAGCUCCAAAGGAAAUACGUCCGGCAUCGUUUCCUGUUUAAGAACCUCCCAUUGUCAGCGACAGUAUUACUCUCUCCGUAUUAACUGUGGUGGAAGACAAGUAGCUGAUGAUAAAGGAUCUACCUACGAAGAUGAUGGAAAUUCUGGUGGACCUUCAAAUUUCUUCGCAAGUAAGACAAACUGGGGAUUUAGCAGCACGGGCCACUUCUUGGAUGAUGACCGCCCAACGGACUCGUUCAUCUGGGCAAACAGCUCAAGCAUCUCAGGGCCGAAUUCCCAGUUGUACAUGGAUGCACGCCUUUCCCCCCUCUCAUUAACUUAUUAUGGAUUUUGUUUGAUAAACGGGAACUACACAGUAAACCUUCACUUUGCGGAGAUCAUGUUUACUGAUGAUAAAACAUAUAGUAGCCUUGGGCGGCGUCUGUUUGAUGUGUUCAUUCAGGGAAAGCUGGUGCUGAAGGAUUUCAACAUUGAAAAAGAAGCAGGUGGAGUUAACAAGGGAAUUAGAAGAAACUUCACUACAGUUGUUGCUGAUAAUACUUUGGAUAUCCGCUUCUAUUGGGCUGGGAAAGGAACAAAUGGUAUUCCUGUUAGAGGCAUAUAUGGUCCUCUCAUUUCAGCCAUAUCUGUUGAUCCUGAUUUUACGCCACCAUCAGAAAAGGGAAGCAGCAUAUCUGCAGGUGCUAUAGUUGGUAUAGUAGCAGCAGUUCUUGUUACUGCCUUGCUAAUAGUCAUGCUAGUUCUGGGUAUUCUUUGGUGGAAGGGCUGUUUUAGACGCAAAGACACAUUGGAAUAUGAACUAAAGGGUGUAGACCUUCACACUGGAUCAUUUACGCUAAAGCAAAUUAAAACCGCCACAAACAAUUUUGAUCCUGCUAAUAAGAUUGGAGAAGGUGGUUUCGGUCCUGUAUUCAAGGGUGUCCUGUCAGAUGGCACCAUCAUAGCUGUAAAGCAGCUUUCCGCCAAAUCAAAGCAAGGGAACCGUGAGUUUGUCAAUGAAAUUGGCAUGAUUUCUGCUCUGCAACACCCUCAUCUUGUUAAGCUGCAUGGCUGUUGCAUUGAAGGCAACCAGUUGUUGCUUGUCUACGAGUACUUGGAAAAUAAUAGCCUUGCCCGUGCAUUAUUUGGUAAAGAAGAACACCAAAUUCAUUUGGAUUGGCCAACGAGGCACAAGAUCUGCAUUGGUAUAGCCAGAGGCUUGGCUUAUCUGCAUGAAGAAUCAAGACUUAAAAUUGUGCAUCGUGAUAUCAAGGCUACAAAUGUGCUUCUUGAUAAAGAUCUUAUGGCUAAAAUAUCUGAUUUUGGACUUGCCAAGCUCGAUGAAGAGGAUAACACCCAUAUAAGCACCCGUGUUGCUGGUACUUAUGGAUAUAUGGCGCCAGAAUAUGCUAUGCGAGGCCAUUUGACAGACAAAGCAGAUGUAUACAGCUUUGGGGUUGUUCUUUUGGAACUUAUCAGUGGAAGGAGCAACUCUAGCAGUAGGGAUCCAAGCUUCGAUCUUCUUGAAUGGGCAAACUCGUUGAAUGAGACUGGAAAAUUGAUGGAUCUAGUGGACCCAAGAUUGGAAUCGAAGUUCAAGAAAAAAGAGGUUAUGUCGGCUAUAAAUGUGGCGCUCCAUUGCACAAAUAUUGUAGCCACAGAAAGGCCAAGUAUGUCGGCAGCUGUAAGCAUUCUAGAAGGAAAAGCCGGGGUUGGAGAAUUCAUUUCAGACACGAGUACCUCGAAUGACAGGACAAAUCCUACCGAGGAAACGGCAAAAACAGACCUUAAUGACUAUAAUGGUCAAGGGCAGAGCACAUCAAUUGAUAUACGAUGGACUGGUUCCUCAGCAUCUACUGCCGGUGACCUAUAUCCAGUCGAUGUGGAUACUGAAUAUUGGGAGAAGAGAGAUUCAUAAACACUCUCUGAAAAUUCUUUAUUUCUUCGAUUUUAUGUACAUUUGUGGUUUUGAUUUGAAUGCGGAAGUGGACAAGAGAAGUAAAUAGCUGUUGCCAAAUGUGUUUUAGAAAAAAAAAACAUAUACAUUUAUUUAUUUAUUUAUUAUUACAAUGCCUUAAAAAGUUUAAA